CGGGCCCAGUGAUUUGAUUCAGUGCGACGGAGUCGGAGCCUUGAGAGGGAGAAUCUGAGAUCGCCGAGGAGGUAAAUUAGGGUUUCGAGGGAGUCGAUAGAUCUCUCGAUCUCUCGAUCUUGAUCCGCCAAGCUUCGAUCUCUCCGAAGUGGGUCGGAUCAUGGCUGCUGGUUCUAGAUUCGUGGAUCGUCUGAAGCGUAUGGAUCUCGUGCUCUAGCUUUGGGAUUUGGAGUCAGUAGUGUUCAGUCUCCUAUUUGCCCCUUAGAUAUGGCAAUGGAAGUUGUGAAUGGAGUUGAAGCGAUUAGAAAUGGGGGUUUGGAGGAAGGUCCAGUGGCAUUGGAAUUGAGUUCGAAAGUUAAUGGGGAAAAUGAGGUUAUCCCCAGUAUAACUGAAGCCUUGCAAGCAAAUAACGGCGUACCUGAAGACCCAUCUUUUAAAACUGAAGCUCAUACUACUUCUGGAGUUGAGACUGAAGGUGCUACUGCAGUGGCUCCGGAAAGCAAGGGGUCAGCUUUUCUAAAGAAAAGUGAGUCCUCAAAAGCACAAAAGGAUGGAGCUGGUCAAAAUGGGGUUUCUGGGAUAAGGAAAAAUCCUAGGGCAGGGCUUUCCCAGAGCCUUUCCUUCCCCGCUAAGGGUUCUCUUGCAAGUGCAUUGAGGAAGAGCCCAGUAACUGUUAAGCAGGCAAAAGGAGAUACCAACAAUUUGAUGAAUGGCACAGGAACUACCAAUGCAGGUGGAAAUAGUGCUAGGAAGAAUGUUGUGGCAGGAAAGCCGAUGCCUGUUAAGUUUGCCUUUCUUGUUGCACUUUGUUUCCAAAGUAACACUAAUCACUGCAUAUGUUCUGUGCACUUAACUAAUAAUAGAUGCAGGUCCAAUAAUGGUGGUAUGAAAUCGUUGAAGACCUUGAAACAAACGAUACCAGCCAAAAGUGAUGAUGAUGCCAACUCCACUACAUCGAAGAGCACUGGUUCUGGUUUUUCUUUCAGACUGGAUGAGCGUGCUGAGAAACGAAAGGAGUUCUACUUGAAGCUAGAGGAGAAGAUCCACGCAAAGGAAAUGGAAAAGACUAACUUGCAGGAAAAGUCUAAGGAGAGCCAAGAAGCAGAAAUCAGACAGUUUAGGAAGAGUUUGACAUUUAAAGCGACACCAAUGCCAAGUUUUUACCAGGAACCUAGUCCCCCAACGGUCGAGUUGAAGAAGAUUCCACCAACACGUGCAAGAUCACCAAAGCUUGGACGCCAUAAACCAUCCACUGCUAUUGCUAACAGUUCUCCCGAAGGUAGCAUCUCAUCUCCCAGAACAAAUCCUACGAAGUUGAACGGGGGUCUAACAAAUGGCACAGGUGGCUCAAUAGCUAUAAAGAAACCUUCUCAGAAAUUAAGGGCUUCAACUUCUGAGACAAAACCCCUCAGUUCAAAACCUAAAGUCUCGAACCAAAAGCAAAAAACUGGUAAACCUAGAGUAGAAGGAAUCAGCGAUAAGACCACGAACGAAGACAUGCUUCCUAAAGAAACCGCUAGAAACGAAGCUCAUUCUUCAGAGAGAGCAGUAGAAGGCCAUACUGAGGCUGUUCUCAACUCCGCUGAAUCUGGAGUUGCUCCAAUUGAAGUUCCUGAGGUCCCCAAUGUGGUUACUGAGGCUUCGAAUGAAGAAUGAAGUUCACUGAGAAGAUUGAAAGAUUGAGAUUUGAGUCUCUUGUGCUAUUGGCAACAUUUGUGAAUAGGCAAUGGUGUGUGCCUCUUAAACGUGUAUUGCUUCUUUCGUCAUGCAUAUCAUUGUUGUUGAGGUAGAAAGAUUCUUUCCUACAGUUCUGUUGGAUCUUGUUGAGUAUGUAAUGUAAAUUGCAUGUUCUGUCUUGAGAUUUUUUGUUUCCUCGUUCAACACCGUUUUUGUAUCAUGUAUUUUGAAGCUGCGAAAAUAAUCCAGUCUUGUUUGUGUACAAGUUACAGAAACCUUUCCGGUUCUCAGCAAUGUUAUUUUGUUGCUAUC